AUGAAAAGGGUUUCUAAGGGGAAAUAUGCAUUUGUAUCUUCGGAGGGUGGUGAACGCAUGAAAAUUCACGGAGACUGUUCACUAGAAUUUAAUGACCGUCUAUUUAAUGUUCCAAAUAUUGAAUACUCCAUGGCAGUCCCAAAAGGCUCUCUUUUGAAGACGGAAAUAGAUGAUUUUGUAGAUAAAAUUGAGAAUAGUGGUUUACUUGAUGAAAUAAUGAAACCACAAGAUAAUCGCCAAUCUCAAUGUGGAGUAAUAGAUCAAACAGUCAAACCCCUUUUCUUGGAUAAUGUCAAAGGUGUAUUUGUUUUACUCGCUGGUGGUGUGGUUAUAGCUGGCAUAACGUUGGUGAUCGAAAAUGUGCGGCACUAUAGACGGGCUUCAGGGACAUAUUCUUCCGGAGGUAAUUCAAUUACACAAGUAAACACAUUUCAAGUCUCCGACGUCAUAUACCUUUUACAGCAGUUGUCCUGGAAAAAAAUUGUGAUUGUUCACGACAGUGAUUCCGAUGAACAAGCCUCUGAACUGGUAUCACACACUCGGGGACAUCCUGUUUACAGUUGUCUCAUUAUCCAGAAGCGAAGAGAACGAUUUUCUUCUGUUAAUAUACAGAAAGCAUUUAUACAAGUUCAUGAACAUUGUAAGGGACAUCAGAAAUCUUACUUAAUACCAAGAUCUAAGUGGCUUAUAUUUCCUUCAAGCUGGUGUAGCUCUUUCAUGACAUCAGGAUUCCAGACCAAUUUAACGAACGUGGCAGUAGUGAUUCCCAGUAACAGUCGGUGUAUAGGAAUUCUGACUCUGAACGGUAAUAUGUUUGAAUCAGUUCAAGGAGUGCCGACUGGUGAGAAAAUAUUUCCCAACAUACGCUACAAAUUGAACGGAAAGAAAAUAAUAAUUGGCGUAGUCCCGGACAAUCCGUUUGAAAAGAAUUAUUAUAAUAUUCUUCAUACAAUGAGUCGGUAUUUAAAUUUUACAUACGAUAUUGUGAAUUCAACAAAUAGCGAAUAUGGUAUUCUAAGGAAUGGAACAUGGUCCGGAUUGGUUGGGCAACUUGUCAACCACGAGAUCGAUCUGGGACUUACGUCGUUAUCAACUAUCGAAGAUCGGCGCAACGCAGUAGAUUUUAUAAACCCUUUUGGAACGUCAAAACCUGGAAUAUUGUACAAGAGAGAGUUACUGGUGGGUGAUUCGUGGUUUCUCUUAACUCGACCUUUACAAUUUAAAGUCUAUCUCUGCACCAUAAUAUCUUUUAUCUGCGUAUCCUUGUUUUUUAUAUUCCUCUCUAACAGAGAGUCCAAUGAUCAACAUGGUAAUCGUAUUGCCAACACAGUAGAAUUUGUUUUAGCUGCCCUACUUCUUGAAGGAGGUAAUUUUCAUCUAAAGGGAACCUCUGCUCGGAUUCUGUUUUCUUUUUGGUUGAUGUUUGGUGUUGUGUUGGCAGCGACUUACACUGCGACCUUAUUACGGUCACUUGUACCUAAACAAAAGGAACCGUUUGAAACUAUUAAAGGCCUCUUAGAUUUACCGGACUGGCAGAUUGGCGUUCUGGGCGGUACGGCUGAAAUUAUUGUUUUCAACACAUCUGAAAAUAACGAUGUUAAAAUGUUUUGGAAAACCCUUAAUAGUCGCACUCAGAAGGAUGCUAAUAUUCAAUCAACAGAUACAAACGUACAUAUGAAAAGGGUUUCCCAGGGUAAGUAUGCGUUUUUGACUUUGGACGGUCGUGCAAUCAUAAAAGUCCACGGAGACUGUUCACUAAAAUUUAAUGACCGUCUAUUCAAUGUUCCAAGUACUGAAUACUCCAUGGCAGUCCCUCAAGGAUCUGUUUUGAAGACGGAAUUAGAUGAUUUUGUAGAUAAAAUUGAGAAUAGUGGUUUACUUGAUGAAAUGAUGAAACCACAAGAUAAUCGUCCAUCUCAGUGUGGAGUAAUAGAUCAAAGAGUCAAACCCCUUUUCUUGGAUAAUGUCAAAGGUGUAUUUGCUUUACUUGCUGGUGGUGUGGUUGUAGCUGGCAUAACGUUGGUGGUCGAAAAGGUGCUGCACCUUAGACGUGCUUCAGGUUCAAUACGGUGA